AUGAUGAAUUCAAAUGAUGGUACUAUAUCCAUUCUUGUAGGAGAGUCUCAUUCAACCACAACUGUAUUACCCACAAAAUUACAACAUCCAAAAUUCUUCACCGCAGAUGUUCGAAAGAGGGAAGUAUAUCGCUCUUCAACCUUAUCAAAUGGUCCAAGUAGAGCUCGAAUUGGUGUAUCACAUUUAUCAGUGCCGUUAGCUUGGAAUAGCGAUGAACAUUUCGGAACACGUGGAGAAGGAAAAGUAUAUUCGAUGUUUGUGGCACUCCAAACCACUAAUAACGUUAAUGACAGCCGUAUUGUAACAGCCGUUGAUCGCACAUGUACAGAUGUGGCAUUUAACGAUUCUUUCAUUUUUGAAAAUCAACCGGUGGAUUUCGAAAUUGAAAUUCAGCUUUACGCAUUACGAACAGAUGGCGGUGAUACGAAUCAAUCAUUAAAGCAGAAAUUAACUCGUUCAUUUGGACGGCGAUUUGGCACUAAUUAUAAGACAAAUUGGUUAAGUGAUGAUAUGAUGCCAUUCGAUCCAUUAAUAAACGGUGAAGUUAUCAGCAAUUGUGUCAAUCAGAACGGUUCAAACAAUAGAUAUUUUCAUCUGUUAGGUCGGACAACGCUGACUUUGAGUGAUGCAAAACCGAAAGCCGGAAUUUACGACCUUCAUCUGUCACCAAAUGCAGCCAAUCAUGGCCCACCAUUAUAUGGCCAUAUUCGAUGUCGGAUUGUUGCACAACCAAAUUCGGUAGCGAUGCCUCUAUCGGAUGGUAUUUUAACAGUUAAACCUGUUGGUUAUGAUUGUUUGUAUCAGAAUAUGCGCUGUAGAUUACAGGCUGGUGUUUUACGAUGUGUAACAAACAAUUCACAACAUCCACAGGAUCAAGCCACUCUUUACAUUCAUAUUAAUAAGGAUUCAAAGAUAAUAGCAUGUAAACAUCAUCGUAGUAUCAUUGUUACCUCAAAUUGUUAUUUGGAUGACACUAAACGAGAUAAACGAUUCAUCUUGACAUCGGAUAGUGAAGAAGAUAUUGCUGCAUGGCGGCAUGCUAUUGGCUUGCAAAUUGCUGAUUGUGAACAAUGGGGCGAAUUUGCUGUUUCUUCCAUAAGACUAAUCGUUGAACCGGAUCAUCCGGAUGUAGUAAUUUUAUCACGAAUGAAUGGUCGCCGAUUAUACGAUGAAAUUCAAAUUCAGGUCAACGGUAAUAUGCAGGGAAUUUUGAAGACUGAUACAUAUAGUCCAAAUCGGAACCGUACGAUAGAUUCCUCCAAAAUGGUUUCAUUUGCACCAACAACGAAAUCUAUUCAAACCGCUCCAUCAGGACGCAGGCGGAAUAGUCGUUCUCAUGUGCGCAAUCUUUUUCAGCCGAUAAAUGAUACCGAAUAUCGUUAUGUAAUCAAUCUACCAGUUAGAAAUGUAGGAUCACUUCAGAAAACCAAUGGAUCCUCCUCAAAAUCAACUUCCAAUGGCUAUAUGAAUGACCCAUCACCGUGUAUGCAACUGAAUGGAAGAGAGUACAUUGACCCAAAUGAAAAAAAUACUAAUCGAGUUGAUGUGCACGAUACAGUUCCUGAGAAUUGCUCGGAUAAUUUCUUCAAAAGUUUUAAAAAAAGCUUCCAAAAAUCAUUUGGUGUUUUAAGAAACCGUAAAUCUCUUGAAGUGUGUCGUUUCUAA